UCAAGUGCUUAGCCUCUCCGUAAGCCAUUUGUGCCGCUAUCCUGUCUUAACAUUCCGCGUGAUUCAAAGAAGGGUGAUACGUUGCGAAGUAACUUCUGCUUCUGUUAUGCAAAUUAUAUCGGAGGAUUCUUGGUUUACUUUAACUGAUUCAUUAAGUUGGGGGAUUGGCUUCUGUUCACUUUUUUGACCUUGUGUGUGCUUUUAAUAUUAUUCUGCUCCGGUAAAUAUAUAUGUGUAUAUAUAUUUGUCCGUGUAAUUUAAGCAAUUUAUGCCGAUAUGAAUCUCACCAAUAACUGUGAAUGACUGGGCUGCCAAUUCACGGUGGAUGAUGGGAUGCGGUGUGAUAGCUACAACCUAAGGGCAUUCAGUUGGUUAGAUCAAUUAAAAAGUAUACGAGGCCACUUCAGAUAUUUCUGACACGAUAUUUCACAAUCUAAGUGUGCAGUCUAACUUGGAAAUUCAAGCUGUGAUUUUCUAAUGUCUGUUUACAUGCAGAAUGAGAGCACCAACCGUGGUGGUGAUACAGUGGUUGACAGGUAUUGUAACUCUUUAAAUAUCCUCAAAGAAAAGGUUAUGGCUCUAUUAGAACACUAUCAUACCGUCAUUGUACAGAAAAUGGAAUGUGAUUUAGGAAACUUGCUCACUUACAAUGCUGAAGAGUUUAAAAGUCAUUUGGCUGAUGUAUUCUGUCAAUUAAACGAGGUUGAAUUUCAGUUGAAUAAUUUGGAAUCCUGGGCUGGUCUUCCUCCUGAAUGUUUUACCCCAGCUGCUAUGAAUUAUGGUGCUGUAGAUCAUGACCAAGUAUCUCAUGAAGCUCAAACUCUUGUCGAGGCAAUUCGACAUUUACAGAAAGAAUUGCGUGGAAUGGUCACAAAAACCACCAGAAAGGAUGAAUGCCUAGCAAACGAUCCAAUGUUGACGUCUACAACUGAAAAAGUUGAUAACUGUCAAAAUUCCACUCCUUACUCACUAACAAGUACAGUCGUAAAUCAAAGUUCCGUACCGAUGAUGUCCUUAAAAAGUGAAAAUACAUCAUCUUUCCAUCCGUCUGGUAUGAGUAUUUCACCGUCGGUUGACGAUACAAACCAAAAGCAACAUUCCUCAGACACCACAUUACCAUCUUGUUUUUCAUCGAAUGAAGAAAACCGUGGCUAUCCUUACCCAAACAAUCGACCUUCAUAUACUUCUCAUCCUAAUUCAUUAACUCGUUCACCUGUUGUUGAUAGACGCCAACAGCCUAAUGCAUCGUUAGAUGUCUAUCACCCUUCAUCUGGACAACAUUCUUCAGUUUCUCCUUCUAUCCCAACACAACACUAUGUCCCUGCCCAGUAUAAUCAAUAUUUGCCUUCUAGCUCUGUUGAAAACAUCCCUUCUAAUCGAAUGACUUCAGAAGCAUAUCCACAGCAGACGCCACUGGCAACCAUCCCACGUACAAGUAGUGAACAGUACCCACCACGACCUACACAGUGAACUGUAUUUCAUUGCUUCAAAGUCAACAAAGUACAAAGUUAUGACAGUAUUGUGUCAGAUAAAAUUUAUUAUUCCGAUAUUGUUGCACAAAACUUAAACUAUUCUUUAAAAAAAAACCGUAAAUUUUUGUGGAAUAGGAAUGAGAAAUAAAAAUUUUUCUACUGAUGGUUUGCUUUUUUGCAGUAUUGCUUA